AUGUCAACCCACUACGAAGUAUUGCAAGUGAGCGAAAUUGCCUCUCUAGACACUAUUAAACAAAGAUUUCAACAACUGAUUCUUCAACAUCAUCCUGAUAAACGCACAAACAACAAUGAUGACACUCAGGCACACAAUAUUCUGAAGGCAUGGGAGGUGCUGAGAAACCCUACAAGCCGCAAAAACUAUGACAUUGAACUCCAAAGUGAGAGAAACAAAGAAAAUAUCGCCAUUGGAGCCGAAGUUGAUUUAGAUGAUAUGGAAUACGACCAAGACGAGAAAUCCUUCUCACUUGUGUGCCGCUGCUCAGGAGAAUAUGUGAUUAAAGAGGAUGAAUUAGAGGCCGGCAUUGAUGUAGUUGGAUGCAACAACUGUUCUCUACGAAUUCGAGUGCUAUACGAUGUAGUAGAAGAAGACGAAGAAGAGGACAAUUGA